UGUGACCAUGGUCAUGCACAACAUACAUAGAUAUAGUUCUUUCUCUCUCUACUACUCUCUCUCUAGCUAGGCCCACUUACAAGUGGAUUAGUGCAUGCACAAUUGCACACAAGAGGAGGGAGUGUGCUAUAACUCUCAUGCACCCCAUCUCUCUUCUUCUCCCCCUCUCCACUCUCUCAUGACUCCUCAUGAGGUCAUAUAAGACAUGAAGGUGUUCAAGGGCAAGAUUUGGGCAGCAAUAGGCUCACUCAUGGACCACGCCAGCGCCACGUCCACCACCACCAAGUCCUCCUCGUCGUCUGCGGCCGCCGUCCCUGACCGAGCGCUCCUCGCUGACAUCGAGGCGGCCAUCGAGCGGUGCACCGGCAGCAGCGGCGGCGGCGGAGGGGGCAACGACGACCGGCACGUCCACGAGAUCCUCUUCCUCGUCUCCAACGCGCCGGGGGCUAUCACCUUCCUCUCCCGCCGCAUCACUGCGCGCCUCGAGGCCGCGCGCGCCCCGGCCGCCGCGCUCCGGUCCCUGCUCCUCGUCCACCGCCUCCUCCGCGCCGGCGACCGGUACUUCGAGCAGGACUUCCGCGGGCUCUGGGCCGCCCGCGAGCUCCGCGUCGACGCGCCACGGUGCAGCUGCUCGCCCCUCUCCGCCGCUGCCGGCGUCGUCCACUACGCCAGCGCCGGCGGCGCGGCGGUCGUCGCCAGCGGAGCGUGCGCCUUCGUCCACGGCUACUCCGCCUACCUGGAGGAGCGCAUGCAGUGGGUGAUCAACCAGGCCGGAAACCUGGAGCCUGCACGGAAGCCGACGCCACCGCCGCCUGACCACGACGCCGGCAAGCGCCCGCUCUCCUCCUCCUCCUCCUCCUCCUCUUCCUCCUCCACCUCCUCCAACGACGCCAGCGCCGAGACGCUCCUCUUCAAGCUCGCCAUGUGCCAGAGGCUGCUCGACCUCGCGAUCCAGCUGCUGCCGGACAACAACACGAGCGCCAGCGCCGCCGCGCGGUCGGCCUUCGGCAUUGUGCUCCGUGAGAGCUUCAAGGUCUACGACGCCUUCGCGGAAGGCGUCGACGUCAUGCUGCUGCUGUCGAGGAGCCUCGCCGGGCUGAGCAAGCCUUCCAGGGUCACCGCUCACGAGAUACUGAAGAAGGCGUGCGCGCAGACGCCGGAGCUCAAGGAGUUCUACCACAAGUGCAAGAGGAGCAGCGCGAGCAGCAAGAGCCUCGAGUACCCUCUCGUCAGGGUCGUCACGCCAGCGCAGGCCUUUGCCAUGGAGAUGGAACCACCGGUGGCGGUGACGACGAUGGUCCCGAUCCCGGAAGAAGAAGAUGGCUGCCUGCAGGAAGAGAAGGUCGAGGCCAAAGCUGGAGCAGAGGCGAAGGCAAUCGACGGUGGUGAUGAUGGCUCGCCGUUUGCGCACAAGAUGGAGACGACGAUCAGCACGGUGUGGGUCGAGUUCGACGACGAGGACCAGAAGCUGAUCACUGCUGCUGAUGACCACUCCUUGAAAGCCGUGCAGCCAAGCUAGCUAGCUAGCUUUUAGGAGUUCUUGCAAGUAAAUUCCAAGUGUGUUAAUUUUGGGUGCUCCGGAUUGAGCGGUCUAGCUCCUCUCUCUCUUCUUGAUAUUCUUCUUGUGUGCAAGGUUAAUUAUUUGUUUUGAAGGAUUUGUGCGUGUCUUCAUUCAGCUGAGAAUAAGCAAGUAAUUCUUCUUUGUCUUC